CCUCCGUUUUGGGCGCACGGAGAGCCCAUCUCGAGGGCUGUGAUCUCCGACGGACCGGUGUACAAGGACGAAUACGUCCAGCGUUGAGUCGGAUUCGCGAAUGGGAUGCCCAGGAAGCGGAAGGACACGUGGUCGCGGGUACUGGGGUAUAAACUGAGUUUCCCACCAUCCGAUGCCAGUGAGGAACGCACCCUGUCACAGACAAAUCCCCGGCCUUAACGUUCACUUGCCAAGUGCUGCUCAAGUCGGUUUGCCCAGAGAUCCGGUUCGGCGCCGAGUUCUUGCAUAGGACAGGAUGCGCUUGAACCGGCGACCCAAUACUUCUGCGUCUUCGAUUUCUUUUGCGAGUAGGCCGUGUACGACAACAGUGCUGGGACGUCUGAGGAGAAGAAGGUCCCAUUCGUCGGCGUCAGGUUCUCGUUGAGCUGUGCGCAUGCGGUAGAAGCCUGAGUGUGUGUGCGUGGCGAGAGGAGGAUGAAGCUGUCGUGUUCGCUCGUGGUCCGCCCUGAAGCUUGGUGUUACCCCGCCUCCAACCACUGCAAUAGAAGUCCCACGCACAAUCGAGGUCGUUUUGGAAAAGCAACGUCAAGUCCGAGUCCACUACCUCGGAUGUCGGAGUCGACGCGGCAGCGAGAGCGAAGGAGACCAGGAGUAAGGGGAGAGAUGAUUGGCGCAUGGUCCUCGCCGGGCCCUGCGCUCCAC